AUGCGCCCGUUUGCCGACGAAAACGCAUCGCCGGCGGUCAUGGAUGAUAAACCGCGCUCUUCGUCCAAGCGCGCGACGCCGGCGGUGGUGCGUUGGACCACCACCGCGCUCCCUCGCGACGCCGAGCUCAAGCGCGAGUUGCACAUCCCGUUGGGAAUCGUCGUCAACCCGCUCGAUCGCCGCGCCGUGUGUCGAAGAAUCGCGCGCCUGAAGUCGCCCGAACGCAUCGCGAGGUGCUCGAGCUGUUACGGAUACGUCAGCGCGCACUGUCGAGUGAAUGCGAAUGGGUUUCGGUGCUGCGCGUGCGGGACGUACACGUUGUGGCGAGACGCGGCGAAAGGAUCGAGGUAUUCCAAAGGGUUAGCGGCGAUUCAGGCGCUGCCGGAGAUAUCGGGGGAAACGUACGAGUUUGAUGUCGCGGUCGAGACUAUUUCGGACGGUAAGAGCGAGGUCGAGACCGAGGAGGCUUCGGAGACGCUGGAGGCGAACGACUGGCGUCGUCGAGCGGUGCGAAACGACGCCUCGACCGCGGGUACGUCGCGGAGGAACGCGCGCGCGAUCGUGGCGAUCGUGGAUUUAAAUGGAGCCGGGGAAGAAUAUUGUGAACUAGUAAAGUUGGCGCUCGGAAGCGCGAUGGAGGCGUUGGAUGGCGAGGAUGCACGGUUUGGCGUAUUUACGUUUCGCGGCGACACGCUCGAGGCGAUUGAUUUUAGCGACGUCGGCGCGAAAGAUGUCCAAGAUGUGGAUGGCGUGCGCUUGAAAUAUUUUGAUUCACACGCCAAUCCAAGGAAGCACGGUUUCAUUCGACGCGUACAAGACGUGGUAUCUUCGAUUGGCGACGUUUUGACGUCUUUGUUGACGCCGACGCCCGGGUGGAAAGACGUCAUAUCGGACGCCAUCGACGAUCGUAUCGUCGGAGAUAUGUCCACAACGGAUGGGCGCAGCGAAGGAAGGAUAUUUGGUCCGGUACUUGAUGAAGUACUAUCCUUUAUCGAGCAAGCGGUAGACGAUGGAUUCAUUUCGAGUGCGCGAGUGUUAGCGUUUCUUCGCGGUGGUCCGAGCCGAGGUGUCGGGAGUUGCGACGUCGGUCGACUCUCUAAGUCUGUCGCCGACGUUUUAUUGCAUGAAAACGCUCGACCGACAAUGGAGGAUUUUGAAUUCGCCUCUCGCGAGGCCGACUCUUUGAUGAUACCCGCACACGACCACUACGAAAGUGUCGGUGAGCGAUGCCUGAUACGAGGUGUGGAGGUCGAUGUCGUCGUGACGAGCGAUGAUUUCAACGAUUUGACCACUCUGGCGCCGCUCGCAGAGCGCAGUGGGGGUACCUUCUUGCUCUACCCAAAUGCACAAAACAUCCCAAUAGUCGGUGAUAUCUAUCGAUUGCUUCGAAACGAGAAGGCAAUCAACGCUACUUUGCGCAUCCGUUCGACGGCGGAUUUGGAAAUUGCCAACGCUUACGGAUCGUUACACGCGGACAAAGCUUAUCCUGGGCUUUAUCACAUCGCUUCGUGUGCGACAAAAGAUACUUUUGCGUUCGACUUCGACUACGCCACGAGCGCGGGGUUAGAGGAAGACCUGAACGGUGGUUACCCCAAAAUACAACUCGCAUUCGAGUAUACGUGCAUCACACGCGACGUCGAUCGAGCCACCGGUGAGGUUGUCGUGCAUCGUCGUCGACGCCGACGCAUACACUCAUGCAGAGCAAACAUCGCAAGAAGUGCGCGAGACGUCUACAAGCACGUAGACGCGAACGCGGUGAUGUGUGUGCUCGCUCGGCAAGCGUUAAUGACGGCGGAUGAAGAAGGCUCCACCGAGGCACGCCGAGCGCUCGUGGAUUGGUUCAUCGCGUUCUCCAGCGCUGCGCGAAAGACGUCAAAUACAUUUGAAUUCGUCACCGAUGUCGUUCCAAGACUCGUCUACGGGUUGCUGCGCUCGAAAAUUCUCCAUCCGAUGGGUUCGCACCCGGACGCUCGCGUUGCAGCGCGCUCGCGUUUGCUUCGGUUCGACGCCGACGACUCCGCAACGUACGCGUAUCCAGAAUUACGCGCAUUCGAGGAAUGCAAUGAAGGUGAGGAAAAUGCAAUCGACGGUACCAACGGGUCGUCAUCAUUAUUCUCGAAAGGCCGCAUGCCUCUUCGCCGGCAGGAGGUGGAAGCAGCCAACGGCGUCCUCCUCAUUCGAGGCGACGACGAAGUUGUCGUCGCUUACAUCGGCCCCGAAGCCGUUGCGUCGUGUCCGCCCGCUCAUGGCUCGGCGCUCGAUCGCGAGAUUCGUCGUAUCCGCGAGCAAUCGUUCGAGGGCACGUUUUUGCCUCGCGUGACGCACGUGCGCUUGGGAGGCGCGGACGACCCAUCCCCUGUGGACGCGCGCUUGGUGGAAGAACUCGAGAGCGAGUUCGCCCCGGGCGCCUACGACGGGUUCGUAGACUUUUGCGCGCGCGCAGGGGAGGAAAUCGAUCGCGUGGCGCGACGUUAGACAACGUAGAAGACAU